GAGCGCCCGGCGCCACCGCCUUCCCAUCGCGCCUGCGCGCCAGGGCAACGGCGGGUGCGGCGCAGCAUGUCGCUGCCCGAACCUCUGAGGAGGCGGCUGGGCUCCUUCAGCCGCACCGUCUUCACCGACAGCCACCGCCCCAGCCCGCAGUGCCCGGCCGACCGCGCAGGUAUUGAAAUAAUUUCCAGUUUACCGCUGCAGAUGUCCCUCUAUUUCAAUGUAUAUUUUUUCCCAUUUUGGUGGCUCAGCACAGUUGUCAUGCUCCAUCUGAAGUAUCCAGUCUUGUCAGAUUACUACAAGUUCAUCCUGGUCACAAUCAUGAUCCUCGUCUCUCUGAUAGAGGUCAUUCGACUCUACCUGGGUUACAUGGGCAAUCUGCAGGAGAAGGUCCCUGAGCUGGCUGGGUUUUGGCUACUGAGUCUCCUUCUGCAGUUGCCUGUCAUUCUUUUCUUGCUAUUUAACGAAGGUCUGAAAAUUCAACCGCUGGAGCGAGCAGUCCACAUCAUCUUUGCCCUUUUCCUCAGCUUCCAAGUCAUUGCAGCCUUUGUCACCCUGAAAAGAAUGGUGAACAAACUGGCAACUCACUUCCAUCUUAACGAAUUUGACUGGCUAGAGGAACAUUCUGCACCCGAGUUUUACAGCCCGGGUAAAGAAGAGAGAACAGUUUCUAUGGCUGGUGGGGGCCCCGGUGCUGGCUGGGGAAUCACACACUGAGGGCCUGAGAAGCUAACAGAGUCAGGCCUCAUGCUGCUACAGCUCUGGUUUUGUUUUGUUGGGCGAUUCUUUACCUGCCUACAUCAAAGAUAUUAAAACAACAGAUCUUUCUUAAGAGCCAACAUUAAACUUCAGAGAUUGGAGCUCUGCUCUGCUAGAAAAGAAAGAAAAUCAAAGCCAGUUAAAUAAGUGGCUUGAGUGGACUGUUUGUGGACUGUUACUGCAUAGCAUACCAACAGAACAGAUUUGGUGGUUUUUAUGUUUUACAAAGUCAUGUGGCGUUUACAAAAAAAAAAAAAAAAAGCCUUUUUUCUUCACUGUUUGCACAGAGUUGUUUUGUUUACAAUAAAUCUUUUAUACACGUUUUUAUUUGUGUUGAUAC